AAGUCCAUCCGACUGCACUUCAACUACGGCAAAGAUGGAGAGAGGCAAGCAGAGGGGACUGAUGCCAGUCACAAGAGAAACUCGCGCUCCUCAGACAGCCAUCACAAGAGUGAGGACAUCAGCGAUAGCCAUGAAGAAGACACAUCAGUAAGAAAUGAAAUGGCGAGAAACUGUAUGGAUUAAUAUGCCUUGACAAAUUGAGUUGAUUACACCAGAGAGGUUUAAAUUAAUUAUGUAACUUGUUUAUCUUGACCGGAAUUUGAAAUAAUUAUAAAAGGUUUGUGCUUAUUACGCACUUCGGUCAGUUCACAGCAUAAUUCACAGGAGCAUGAAAGCACAGUAAAGUAAGCUCCAUACAGGAAACCUAUCAAAUUUAAGCAGCAAAAAUCAUUUCGAAUUCGACUGAGGUUAGUGUGCUACUUUUUCCCAAAUAGACGGACACUCUGCUAGAAUGUUUUUUGAAAAAUCAACAAGAAGUCAGUUAUAUUUCUGUGAAGCAGUGAAAACAGGAGUGACCAUGGCCUGCCCUUUUCACAUUUCACUCGAAUCUUUAGACCUUUUGAUUUUGGCUCUUUUUUUAUACAUUUCGUUUCAUGAUUGCAUGUGGCUCACCAAUAUUAGACAACAACUCAAGCUGUAAAUAAAAAAAGCCACUGUGAUCUAUUUUAAACAACAUUUUAAAGCUUAAGAGGUAGAGCUAGAGAGAUUACAGAUAUGCAUAACGAAAUAUCAUUUAAAACAGUUAUACCAUAUAAAUCAGAGAGCCGUGUUUGCAUUUUUAUUGGAUAUAUCACAGAGCUUGGGUCAUUUCCAGGCUUGACUGAAGAUGGAAAUUAGCUGGGAGCUACCUCUAUUGUAACAAGAUUAAAGAUUUUUUUUUCAUGAUCCCUGAAAAAUAAGCAAAAUUACCUGAACUAACAACUCAACUACUAACAAAUCAGCUCAUAGCAGUGUAUAUUAACUUUAGCUACAAGAUGGUGAAAAGAAACAAAAGGUGGACAUUCUCUUUAGAAUCUAUUCAGCCUAAAUGGACUGAGGAUUAUACACGUGCAGUAACAUCAGGGUUUCCGGUUAAGGCCUUGUUCUUCAUAUCUGACAUGUUUGAUCAAAGCUUCAAAAAAAAAAGUGUGAAGAAUAACCCUGUGUAUUAUGAUUUUGGAAUAAGAAUGGUGACAGCAUUAAGAGAUGAUGUUGCUAAAAGAGUAGAUUUAAAGACAGGAAUAGCCAUUUUCUACCUCACAUGUAAAGGGUUAACUACAUCUCAUGUGUCAACACUCUGAUAGAUGAAUCCUGAAAUAGUGGAGUGUGUUUGAUAUGAUAUUCAGUCUCAUGUGCCACUAGCUGGAUAUCAGGUCACUGCCACAAGCGACAUUUGAAGGCAUGUACAUUCCUCUCCUAUCCUAGUGUUAAAUGAUUGAUAGCCUGAUUUUCCUCCUCUAUGUGCUCUAAAAGCCACACAUUUCCAUACCUCUGUCUCCACCAAAGAGCUGCUACCUCCCUCUCCACCACACACACAUAGCACUCUCCGUAGCACGAGUUAAAGUGCCCUUUAUUCUGCUCGCAGCCAGACACAAAGCACCUCUGAAUCCUGCCAGAAUUACUCGCCUCCAUUUUCUCCUUGCAUUGUUAGAAGUUAAGAAAAAUAAGAAAUAAAAUAAAAUAAAAUAAGAAAAUCAGAGAAAAAGAGGCUGGUAAUGGAAGACUUUAUAGGUUUAUAGCUGCUAUAACGUAAGUAAUAACAAGAACUACGUUGCUUUAGGGAUCUUUCACAGCAUUAAACGCAACUAUAAACGGAUAAUGUGUUGUUCUUUAAUAAAUUUUAAAAAAUGUUGUGUAAGAGGAACACUUCUGGACUUGUGGUUAUUAGAAAUUAAUCAGCUUUGUGGAGGUAAUAGUAACUCUGCAUUGUGUUGGGCCGUAUCAUACCACUCGAUAUUACAGUCGAAUAGAACGGGGAAUUUAUGCACUCGGGAUGGAAAGGAGGUUACACUGUCGACAGUGUGUGGACACGGUGAAGGGAAGUCGUGGACGUCUCUGUCUUUAUCAUUUCACAUGGACAGAGAUGAGUAUAGCUGCAGACACGGAUAGACUGAAUAUGAUGUAUAUCUCUGAACAUUUCUCUGUGUGUAAGACAGGCUGAGAUGUGCUAAGAAUAAAUCCGAGCUUUUUCUUUUCUUUUUUUUUUCUUACCUGUUUCGCAUUCUUAGUGUCAAACCAUUUGAAUAGCUGAGGAAAAAAAUGGUUUCAUCAGACAAUCCAUGUGAGCUGUCUUUUAAGACUACAAGUUGUUAUGACAACCAUUUAUAAUGAAGCAUUUUUGAUGCUUCACAAAUUAAAGGUGGGGUCAGUGAUUUUCAUGUCAACACUUUUUGUGACAUUCUUCUCACAUUCUUCUCACAUUCUUUUAACUGUCAGAGCCAAAUCUGAUAUUUUCAUGCCACAGACUCUGUCCUUAAAAAUAUAUGAUAUGGCCCACCAAUAAUUUCCAGUCAGUCAGGACAAGGAGGCAUCUGUGUUGAUUUUUUUUUUUACUUAAAAUGAAAUUCUUUCUCUGAACAAGUACUUUUCUUUUAGAACUUUAGGAAAAGCGGCCAACAUGUUUUCAGCCUAUUUGGGAAGUUUAAGAAAAACCUCCUGGGUGAAUCUCCCUCAUGAAGCUGGUUGAGAAGAUGCCAAGAGCUUUACAAGGAAUACUUUAAAAUAUAAUGUAGUUUUGUGCGAACACACGGUUGUGCAGUGGAUAGUGUUGCUGCUUCACAGCUUCAGGGUUCUCCGUUUGAUCCGAAGCUUGGGUUACUGUCUUCCAGGUUCUCCACUUUUCUCCCACCUCCCAAAAAACAUGCCAGUCUAAGUUGCCCCUAGGAAUGAGUGAGUGUGUAAUUGUGUUGUAUGCAUGAUGCCCUGUGAUGAACUGAUGUCUCAUACAGAGUGUAUACCCAUCUCACACCCAGUGUUUCUUGUAAGCUCCAGCUCCAGUGUGGCCUUGGAUAGAACAGUUACUGAAGAUGAAUGAGUGAAUAAGUUUUAAUUUGUUUAACACUUUUCCUUUAAUGUUUUCGUUAUUAUUCUAAAACAGUAAAAAUGUAGAAAUCCCUUCCAGGAGCAAGUUUGUCCAAGCUUUUGACUUCCACCAAAUUCACUCAUGUUACACUCUUAGAAAAAUAGGUUUCACUUUGUCCCUACAAUAAAAAGGUUCCCUUUUAGAGAACCCCUUUGGGCAAAACCCUUAAAUAUCCAAAGAACCCUUGAAGAACCAUUGUUCUAGGACCUGGAGGAAUAAUGUUUUUCACAUGUUGAAUAACAGAAGGAUACUUUUAGUAACACCGGGGGACAAGGUUGCACUCCAUAGACACAAGUGAUUGUACGUCCGUCACCAUGGUAACGCUCAGUGGUGGAUCAUCUCUAGCCAACAUGGAGGAUGGCUUUGAUGGUGUGAUGGUGGGAAAGUGUGUGAGUGUGACAGUCAUGGAGAUGCACUGAUGUCUCUCCAACCACUUCUCUGUCUCCCUCAUUCAUUUUUAAUCAGGCAUUUACCAUCUCUCUGUUCAACCUAGGUUUCCACGUCUGGAGAAUGCACACACACACACACACACACACACAAAACUCACACAAAAAUACGUGCAGACAGACACGUUUUUUCCACGAGAAGAAAAAAAAUGGAAUAUGCAGUGCAAGAAAAAUAUCUGUUCAGCAAUUUCUGCAACUGGGAUCAUGUGAUGCUUCUGCUAUUAUCAUUAUAAGUCCUGAUAAGACUUGAAAUAUUCCAUUAAUGUGCCUCUUUCACCUUUAACUGUACUCAUUAAGUCCCUGAGGGCCCUGUCAUCCUCUCAGCUCAAACUGGGACUGAACUAUGUGUGCGUGUGAGUGUGUGUGUGCGCAUGUGAUGCUGCCUUCUGUCUCAUGCAUAUUAAUGUGACUCUGCUCCAGGUGAGCAAUGUCACCUGAGCUCAGUGAAUCCAUCAUUCCCAUCAGGUUAACAUGAAGAGCUGAGCCUGAGAAGACCUGAGGAGCCAAAAAUGUCCCAUGUAUGCUGGUGGUGUUGUCAUUAUAACAAAAUCUCUUCACAGUACCACGAUAAGUACCACAGCACUGAAACUAAAAUUAUACUAUAAUUCUAUUAUAUGAAUUGAAAAUUUAUGACAGCAAAAAGAAAUUUAAACAUGCACCACGUCAAUUUAGGAUCAAAUGAAUGCAUAAGAAUGCAGAGAAAUUUUGAUGGUCUGUAUGUAAGGACUAAAUGACAGGACAAUAACCAUUAUUAUUGGGAAAAUAACCAAAGAUAUAACCAGAUCACUAAAGUGGAGUUACUUUUACCAACCCAGUGGUGAUCAUUUUCAACUAGCAGGAUGUCGCAAAGUGUUUUAUUCUUCUUAUACCACAGCGAUUUGCUGACUGUACCAUAUAUUUUAUUAAAGAAUGGUGUCAUACUUUUUAUCUGUUCAUUUAAUGUUGUGGAAUAUCCACAAGACAAGUUAUUUCCUGUUCUCACUUACAUCAUGGCAGCUAUAAACAGUUGUGUCUCCAUCUUGAAGUGAAUAAUACAAGGUCAUGAAGACCUUCCCAUGCUGGAAAACCUAAAGUUACAGCUUUAACUCUGACAGUUAAAAAGUUCUGAAACUGGAGACUCCUUCCAAAAAUGCUAAAUAAACGUCUCCUCACAGAAAACUUCACCACAACAAUAAUCAUACGUCAUGUCGAGUGACCGCCGUACAAGUCCCUGUGAAUGAGCUGUUACUAUAGAAACGCUAAUGCAUUAGAGCGUGCGCAUUAAUAUAAACCUGUGAUUUGCCUUGCCUUGAGCUAUUUUGAAAGCAACUAUAAUAGAAGAUUAAUUAACAUCUUCUGACCAAUCAGAUUUGAGAAUUUGUUUUGAGAACCCAAUUUGUUUCAAGACACUAAGUUUUCAUUAAAAUUUAAGAAUUUGUUUUGAGCAACAAAUUUGGUUUGAGAAGUUUUGCUAAGUCUUCAUUAAAAUUGAACAUUUGUUUUCAAAAUUUAUAAUAAAUUCAUUCAGAAUGAAAAAAAGGAAAAGUGAAAUGACUGGAGAAAAAUGAUAAAGCUGUGUCUAAUCAGCUAACAAUGGAGAUAGCUGGUGUUAGAAAUGACAAUACUAACAAUAUCCACUCUCACUCAUGCUCUCUACUCAGCAAAUGUAUAGCAAUAUUGAUAUCAUAUCAUCACAUCACUCACAACUAGAUAGCCCUUGCCUGAGAAUAACAAUUGAGGAGUUCCAUUAUAUUGAUCACAUCACAUUUGCUGAGGAAGACAAAUUACAUUCCCAGUUUACUCUGAGCAACACGCUCAUCAGUGCACUUAUUAAAUAACUGUAUUCAGAAGGGUGUUGCCGCAAUCCUGUUUCAGUACUGCGAUCUUGUGCAACACUGCUGUAUGGCUUUGCAGAAUUCCUUCCCUCUCUCUGUGAACAGAACAAAUCUGACCACAGUCUAUGAACAGCUAAGUGUCUUGCUCCUCUGCGUCAGUGAACAAUAGCUUUAGUCAAUAUAUGGCCUACUCCUUAUUGUAGCUGAACACCUGUUCAGAGAUCAUCAUCACCUGGCAGGUUCUUGGAUGAGAUAAUGGUUCCACUGAAGCACUAAAUGCCAUUGAUUGGUUAAAUAUGCUCCAUGGCGAGACUCCAUGGCAUAAUAGAGGUGUCUAUAAGAGUAUAAUUAUUCUCCGGCAGAGAAAAGCUCUCAGUUACAGUCCCAUAUAUCUGGCUCCAUAAGGAGUCGUCCACCUCUGACACACUGAUAGGGCUGCUAAUGCCUGUGGAGAACUAAGAAAUCACCUGCAGCUUCUGUGGGAUUAAUGUCUCAGGCUGCAGGCUGCACUUGAUCUUUUGUUCUCAAGGAAUGAGAGAGGGAGGGUAGAGGAAGAGUGAAAUGUGUGUGUUUGUGUGAGUGGUGUUAUACAUUCAUGAUGGAGGUAUAGGUGUGUGGGAGACCAAGUGUGUGGCUGAGUUCGAGAGAGAGCGGGAUAAGAAUGACUCUCUAGGCCAGGAUUGAAGAGAUAGAGUAAGGAUUAGCAGCGUGAAGAGAUGGGGCUCACUGCUUUGUUGAGUUCUGGGUGGUUUAGAAGGAUAUUAAAUUCAUGGCUAAAUCUGAAAUCAUUUUAGUAAUGAACUCAGAAUACUUACAGUUAGUCUUGAAUAUACGGUAUACAAUCAAUUUAAUAUAAUGAAUAUUGCUUUGAAUUAAUAUAAUGAAUUGUCUCCUUUGAAGUGAAUGUUUUCCUCCUAGCAUAAUACAUACGCUAAGAUUUAUAUCAUCCAGGUAAGGAUUGAAGGCCAGACAUGUCUUUUACGCAGUGUCUUUCAUGAAAAUUAUAAAUAUGCAUAACUAUUACAUGCACUUGUUCCACUCUUACUCUUACUAGCUGUUAACAGCAACAAAAUUACACAUUAAGGUAUAAAUAAAGAUUUCUUUAAAAUUCAGAAGAACUAUCAACAUUAAUACUGACAUCAACAUUUUUUUCUAACACUUUUUUUUUUAUCUUUUUCAUAUUUAACUUCUAUACUAAGACUUUUUGUAAACUCCCUUCAUGUUCUCCAAUUUCUUAUAUUAGAGUUACAUGUUCGUCUCAUCAGAGUAGUAAAUUUUUCUUUUUCUUUUUUUUUCUUUGUAUUAACUGUAGUCCUGCUACAUGCAUUCGCUCCAUAUCGCCAUACAAGGCUGAGGGACAAACAGGCAGGUGGUGAGAGAAAAUGAAUUGUGUGCUUCUCGAUCUCAUCUCUAUCCUUUUACUUAUCAGGGCUGUACAGAGACUGUUGGGACCAUCCAAUUGAUCAUAUUUAUGAUUUUAUGGUAGGACAUGUUUUAGCUACUGCUGUCCUGGAGAAAUGACAGAAGAAGACUGGAGGCCUAGUGCAGUUGAUUUUUUUUUACUACUUACAGCACGUAUGGAGAAACACAUAAAAAUUACAACAUUCUUUAUAUUUCAUCCCUCUCUCUCUGUCUGUCUUUCUAAGUAUAGACAAUAUAUUGUAUGCUAAUUGUUGCAGUGAUAUCAGCCUUUGCAAUACUGAAUUCAAAGAAGACUGUUAAAUGAAUUCAUGGAAUUCAUGCAGAUGUUUUCAUAUUUCAUGUUUUCAGUACAUCACAUUGAAUUGUGCCAAAUCAACUUCACAUACUUAAACUGUCCAUGUUAAACUUUUUUAGCUUUUAAUUUGAAACCUGGUGCUUUUAAGCCUUUCAGCAAAAUUUAAAUCUCAGUAUUCCCUGGUGGCUAGGUCUCUUCUGCUAUGUAGAACAACGCUUCGAAAAAGUGUCCAUCUUUCCACACUUUUUGGUGGUUUAAUGCAUUGUUUGAGUAUUAACAGUACAAUACAUCUCCCUGAAUUUCCUCAAACGAAUAGUCCAUCACUGGAGACUCAACUAAUGCUACCGUUAACAGCGUGACUGUCAGCAAUUGACUGUCAAAAUGUAGCAAGUAGCUAAUAUUAGUUGAGCAUAUUCACUUUCAGUCAUCUUGCUUGUGAUUUUAACUUAAAUGUCAAUCUCAGCAAAAUGCACUUAUUGAACAAAUACUGAAAAGAAAAAUGUGGUUCAUGUCAUCCACCAACCUCACGUCAUCCACCAACCUGCACACAGGCAAAAUUCAUUAUAGACAGUUAAAUGGAGUCAGAGAGAAAUUUAGUGUGGGUUGAUUACAUGAAAGUUUUCAAUUCUGAUCAGUCAGAUUAUAUACUAUUUAUCAGACUCCAUGUAAACAGCUAGUAUAUUAUUUGAGGAUAUUGCUUUGUGUGAGUGGUUCUGAGGGUAUCUUGAUAAAUCCCAGCAUUCACAUUACCUCUCAAACAGAUUUUUGGUCAGAAUAUUGCAGGCCAAUCAGGAAAGAUUGACCAAUAUAUUUUAAUAUAUUGCAAGCUCUAUUCACCACAUAUAGCAAAAUAGUAUUUUCAGCAUAAUGUCAUGUCUCUCUCUUUGUCAAUUCUGUUGCUGUGCUAAUAGUAGCACAGAUUUUCUGGCGAUGGUAAAUAAGGUAUCGGUUUGAUAUAUAUGCUGAUUUACGGCACCCACCAGUCAGAGUCUGGUUUUAAUCAUACUGGCGGGAUUACGGCCGCUCGUAAAAUGAAGCCUUAUUGUUAACCCGAAAUUGCUUUUAGGGUCGUAAAUAUUGGGCAGUCCAGCCUUGCUGAUGCUUUAUGGGAGCCAGGGAAGGCCUGUCACCCUGCCUACCACCUCUUCCAUGACACAUCUCAAGAGUCCUGACUAAUCUAGAAAUAAAUAUAUGCUUGCAGACUGGUCGUUGACUUAGCAGCUGAGGCUAUGUGAAGCUAAAGAGGGGAUUAUCAUGCUGGACUCUGGCAGGGCAAGCAGACAGGUCUCAAUUAGCUGCAGACAAAAACACAUACUGCUUUGUUUAAUUAGCCAAAUUACGUUGUUAAUACCUGCAGUGAGUGGGCACGAAAAUGGAUUAUCUGCUGAGGUGUGCGUGCUUCUACUGUGGUGCAGAUGUCAUCCACAGUCCUUUUGUCCUUUCUGGCUGUUGUGUACUGAGUAUGAGUUUUAUCUGUGCACAAAAUAGGAAGCUAGAAUAUGAUAAAUAUUGGCCCUCUUAUUUUUGCCAUGUCUUAUAAAUCUGCGCAACAUCCAAGUUAUUGUAGUUCGUGAAAUUCCACUGCCUCAGCAUCUAUAGCAGCAUGCAAAAGCACCAUCUUGAUCAUUAUCUGAGGCAGUGCUGUGGUCAGAUCUAUGUGAAGUGGAAAUGUGUUCCUCAUGAGGCACAUAGCUAGCACACUCUGCCCUGCUGCACUUGCUGACACUGUUUCUCUGCAGUCAUUUUCCGUGAAUGUUUAUACAUAUGCCACAGAAUGCUUCACCAGGUCCUCUGACACACAGUCAUUAACACUGGCAAAUUAGGAGUUAUUGGUAACCUCAGAUCCUCAUUAAGAAUGCUGUUUUUGAGAGGCAUGAUUACAUAUAUGCGUAUAUUGUUGCCAUCAUUCACCAGUGCAAAUUGAAGUCUGAGCGCACAUUUCAUUAGGUUUAGUCAUUUUAGGAUAUGGAGUUUGGAAUCAUUAAGGAAAACUUUGGAACUCAACCAUGCUUUAAGUCAAACUCUUCUUAAUUAGUCAAGAGCCAAAGCUUCUGUCAGUGUAAUCAGACCUGAAAAGUUUGUCUACUCAGAGGCUUUCUGCUUCUAAAUCCAAGCACUUCUCUCUCGCAGAAAAAAAUCCUGUCUGAAGUGUUUAACCAGAGACUUAGUCAUGUUUCUGAGACAUGCAGAAAAUUCCAAGAAGUACAUUGUUGGACUUGUGGUAAAGCAGGUCUACUGGUGAGCCACAGCAAGGUACUCUGUUUUUGGAAUUUCACACUAAUGUGUGUCAAUCUAGUGCUUUCUGACCAGUCAUAAUCAAAAAAGUGCUGAAUUCCACAUGGAUGCUGCUUGUGCUGUGGCUUUCUUCCUUCCUUCCCUCCUUCCUUCCUCCAAUCUAGUUUACAGUCAAUAGUCCAUACCACGUGGCAGACUAGGAUCUGGUAGACAUCACAGUAAUUUCUUUGUUUAGUUGCAUAGGUUGCUUACUCGGUUAAAGCGUGCUUGAGCUUGUUUCAAAUCUGUAUGAAAGACAAACUGAUGACCUUUACUCUCUGUCAUUCCCCCAAUCUGAGCCCUGGUCUCCUUUAUCUCCUUAUCACAUCCAGUUAACUUCACCACGGUUUCCAAUUUGUCCGGGAGAUUGAGGAGCCUAUGAUUGCAUCCUGACUGUGGGGUUGUUUUGACAACCUCAUGGCUCAGACAGGCCCUGAGGCAGACCAGUUCCUCCCAGUUCAAACUCUCUCACUUCCUUCUCCUCCUCCUGAGCCUCUCUCUGAUUUGGAGCUUCUAUGUCUAAUGGGAUCAGACCAGGGAAAAAAGCAAGACCUGUCCCUGGGAUGGGUUGUAGGGGAGAGAGGCUGUCUUACUCCUUUGGAGGUGUACUGCCACAGCUGUACAUGGGAACAGUGGGAUUUGUCAGCUUGCCUAAAUUAGAUCUAUGCUGAGUAUUGAGAGGUAGAUCUGGAAUUAGAUUAAGCUCAGAAUGAAAACUUUUGGUCAAAUCUUGCUUUCGGCCAUGCACGAAAUUAGAGCUGGAUGGAGGCAGUGAACCUUAGGACCCUGGAGAUGGAAGAUGAUGUAAAUCCCAGCUAUAGGGCAAAGUGAGUCCUGAAGGCAAUAACCAUGGUCCUUUCAUUGAGAUGAAGGUUGUGGUGCUUCUGUAGUUGUCCUUUUUGUGAGUAGAUAUAAGAUGUUUGUUUGAUGUUCCUUAUAGGCUUCUUUUUUGUCUCUCAGCAACUCCAAUGAGGGCAACAAGUCUCCAUGGUAACUAAUCUCAUGUGUUAUCUAACAUCAUGCAUGCUUAUCUCAGUCAGCCAAGGGCUGUGCUGUUGGCAAGUUUUUGGUCUCAACAUGAACUUUAGACACUGCAGCCAUUUUGAGACUGCAGAAGUAUAUCUGAUUGUCAAAACCACGCUCUUAGGAUAUUCCUAUUUGGGUGUUCCGCCCUCCUACACAGACCACACUUAUGCUCUCGUCCAGCUCCCUGCACACCUGUACCAGGUAUUCAGUGUUCUUUAACAUGUUUGUUGGGAGCUGAAUGAGAGCUGUGUUCCAAAAAAAUGGGUCUCCUCAGUGAGAGCUCAAGGCCUUACUAUUCACAUUAAUAAAAUAAACACCCACUGAAGCAAUUCCCACUUGAUUGCACUUGAUAUCACAUCCACCCUAGUUUUGACCCAUUUGGUUUCUCACAUUCUACACUCCUGUGUUGCCCUUUGGCUUCUCACUUUCCUAAUUUAUUCCCUUACAAGUUUCACCUGUUCUUUAUUCCCACCUCCUUGUUUGAGCCCUUUGUUUUUCUCUUGCUGUUGCCAAAGUCUUGCAUGUUUUUAGCUGUGUCUCAAAUGCCGUGCUUUGCAUGCCUUUAGUGCAAGUAGUGUGUUCACUCUGAGAAGUGUGGACCACCAGACAUCACACACUAAUUUGUUACUGUGUUUAAUUAAAAAUGUUCCUACCCUACACACAUCUAUGUAGUGCAUUUUAAGUACGUGGCUCAUAUUCCGAACAGAUAAUGCAUUCAUAUUUGGUUACAUCCCUAAUGUACUGCAUACUACACCAUUUAAGACACAGCUCAUAUUCUUCUGGUUGCUGGUUUAGAGUGCAUUCAGCUUUUGACACAAGUCUGUCUUAUUGGAUUAUAAUAAUGGCUGCGUUCACCCUGUCUGAGUGUGUUUUGACCCCUGUUAUCGAUACUGACAGUAAUUCUGGAAAAAAAAAACCCUUAAUAUAACAUGGCUAGAACCAAGGGGAAACAAAAAGCUUAAAAUGGAAGUGGAAAUGAGGAACAGGUGAAACCAACAAGUGAACACAUGAGAACAGGAAAAAUUGACUAAAUAUGUGGGAAACCAAUGGGUUAAAUAAGAGUGUGCAGAAUACGUUAGCCAUAGAGGUCUGCACCAGUAGUCAUGAUGCUAGACUGUGUAUGACUGUGCAAUGCUUCUACAAAAGAUUUCUACUACAAGAAAUGAGGCACAUCACAAAUCACAAACCCGGAAUUAAGUAUUGUGCAUCAUUCCCAAAGGUUUAAGUGUUUACUACAAAGGAGACAGGAACUGGCAUGGGAUUUGGCAACCUAGCAACAUGGACAGACCCAGCAUGAGGAAUAAUUGAUGUGAAAAUCUUAGUUUGGUGGGUGUUUUUCCUACUACGUUCCUCUGCACUCGGAUGCAUCUAUGCACUGACUCAUGUUCUUGUGGGAGCUUCAUCCUCUUUCAUUUCUUUGCUUUUUUUCUGUAGCAGAUUGUUAUGGUUACAUCAUUUUUUCUUCAUGUCUGUGUUAUAUUGAGAUUUCAACCAUACACUAAUUGGUUUUAUUAGGUGAUGCAUAAGUAUAAAAAAACACAUUCAGUGUUUUACGUGAAUCAGUAUGCAAGGUACUCAGCACUAUUUUCAAGACUAUCAAGUUUUUAGUUUGGCAGCAUCUUUCUUUUAGCUCCGUGCCAAUUUACUAAUGAUGCCAAUAUUUAGAGUAAUUAAUAAAACUGAGCGGUAUCAGCUUUGGUAGUUGCAGAAUGAUGACACUGAUCAAGGAAGGCUGUCAGAAAGCUUAAUAAAGCCGCACACGUUUUCAAAGAAAAAAUACUGAUGCUAAUGGUUUUAAGGGAAAAAACAGACAAAAGAUAUGACUGUCAUAUUGUCAAGGAAACAUGGGUAAUUCUGAUGAACAAUAUACAGUAUACAUGUCCUUUAUGGUUAUGAUGGUAUGAAGGAAAGAGGAGAAAAGCGAGCAUGAGAGGAAAAGUGUCAUUCGCUUAAUGUCAGUCGGUGACCAGUGUAAAUGCAGGACAGACAGAAAUAAAGGUCAGCUGCUCAGAAAUCCUAAGCAUCUGUUUUUGGGGAAAUUUCUGGAAACUCGUGGCCUUUCGGCUCUGAUUUCACAGUCUCAGUUAGGGUGUUUCAAUGCUUCGGCCUGUGAACCUACAGCCAAGACAUUAAUUAAAAAAUCCUCCAUGAUGAAAUACUUCUCUACAAACCUGCUGUACACUCACAGACAUAAAGCAAUCCGAUUUCUUGGGUGACACAUCUGAGAUUCAAAAUUUCUGAAUAAAUUUAUCUCAAAGUCCCAGUCUCAAUUAGGCCCAUGUUCUAAAUUUUGGUGUUGAUACGUAUGGCACACUUAAGAUUUUGUCAGUUGCAUCAGAAUUAUUUUAAUCUGUAUUCAUUAUAACUCACAUCCAAUACUCAACAUUUUAGAUUUAUGCCACCGCUAGUGCCACAGAUCAGAAAUCUUACAUUUUGAGGAUGAUGUAGUAUGGCUGUGGAGGCCAAACGCAAACAGUAGGUUGCAUGAGCACACUCUCCCUUGGCGCUGGCCUCUUGCACCUGCAUGGCUCUGUGUCUGUUUGCACUUCAUAAUGCACUGGCUCCUAUUGAAAAAUAAGCCAUGGUCCUCAGUUCACAUUGAUUUUUACCGUCCGGCCGGCCUCAUGAUUGAUCUCCUCUGCAAAAGCAUUGAUUCCCCUUGCUCUCCCUCCCAGCCUUUCUGUCUGGGGACUACAAAUGGGCCUCAGCUACUUUUCUAUUGUUAUAAAUGGAGCUAGCGCUCCAGGCCUCUAAAUUAAUGAUAGGUCAUUGCUGGCUGUCUCCUCCACACGACCAGAACAAAGUUGUAGUGGUACUGAAGCCAUGGUUUGCCCCUGUCUUGGUGUUUGCCUUUCUUUUCUUUUGCCCCAUGAGUUUGAGAGAGGAACCAUCUGAGCACCAGCUGAGGUUGGUUUGGUUUGCACAGCUAUGAGAGAAAUAAUGAUGGGUCAGAGGAUGACCAAGAGCCAAGAAUUGCUAUACUUUUUAAACAACAGUUUUUCAGAGGUUGUGGUGGGGGUUAGGUCUCCAGAAUGGAACUGUUUAAAGAGGCACUGCAAUUAAAACAUGAUUUCUAAGUAGCUAACUCCUGUAAAUUUAUUACUACAGUGCCAAUUUUGUCCUUUUGUUUUGGAGAGUGUUAGAGUGAACUCGGUGUGUGAUUUCACAAAAUAAGCCUCGAGGCUUGAAUCUAUCGUGAUCUCUUAUGCUAUAAUGUAUCACCACUUUUAGCUGCAGAACUUGCACACUAAGUUAUCUUGCUAGCUAGCUAACUAGAUUACAUAGCUAAUGGACAAACUCUUGGUUGUUGUAGUAUAUUUUGAAAACAGCAUAAAUAAAUAACAUUGUGACAAUGCGAACUGAGACAGAUAGUAAAAUCUGCCUUUGUCUAUCUGUGACAACUGGGACGGCUAGUUUACUAGACAGAUCAGAUAGUAUUAUGAUUAUGAUUGUCCAGUCAACUAAACAAAUGGUCAGAAAAAAACAUGAUUUUUUUAGAGAUACUUAAUUGUUUAAUUCCUUACACAAUGCAUUCUUUUCUCAAUUUCCCGGAUUUCCUUUUUUUUGGAUUGAAGAAGCUAUAGCUGUGUCUGUACAGAUAUAGUCGUGUCACUACUGUAACCAAAAAGGCUGUGUGGAGAAGUAUGAUCUCAUCUAAUGUCUUAUGAGUCACUAAUAUAGCAUUGCUACUUUGUGAGGAGCUAGAUUUACUGUAAACUUACCAAAUAUCUUUUCUCUGACUCAGUCAGAAUACUGAUUUGUGCUACAGAAAGCAAAGCCAGUCCACAUCACAUCAUGCAGAAAGAUGAUAAGAGAGGUAAGCUCAUCUCAGUAACCUGAAUUUCAACAAAAACAGCAUUAAAGGGAUAAAAGAAACUCUUCAAGGCAAUAGAUUUGAAGUAAAGCACCAAUCCUUGUUAAAAAAAAAAGUGCAUGCCGUGAUCUCAAUCUUUUUCAUGGACUAUUGCGACUAUCAGACACUACUGACAAAAAUAUCACUGAAGAAAAUGUGACUUGAGACAGUUUUAGAUACUAAAGUCUGGCGUAACUAAACCUAGCUAGCUGUAAUGACACAACAAGAGAGUAUGGUCCAAGUGCAGAGUUUAUUGAGUUGAACAUUUAGCAAAAAUCAUAGACUACAUUUACAUGCACAUCAAAAUCCAUUUAAGGUCUGUAUUCGGGUUGCAGCCGAAUAAGAUGUUUAUAUGCAUACAGACAUUGGAAUAUUCCUGUAUACGUGGUUGUUGUAAGUAUGCCGAUCUACACAUGCUUUUCCUUUCCCGCUGUUAUUUCCUGGGAGAUUAAAAUCGCUGCCGUUGGUUAUAGAGUAUGCUCAGUUAUUAGUUUUAUUACUUACUUUUUCACACUAAUUUAAUUAGGAUUCUAACACUCUCACCAUCAAAAAUGCCCGACAACACCACCUCGAAAUGGAAAGGGUCGGGUGAGCAUCUAUUAAGCUAAGCAUGUUAACACCCACAAUUCCUUGCGAACUGAGCAUGUGCAUAUAUCUCCUUUCAGUGGAUUUUCUGAAUAAGGUGUUUACCUGCAACAAAUUUCUGAUUAAAAUAGGCAUAUUCCAGGGGUGGGAAUCAGAGCUUGGGGAAACAGAAUAUUGUCUUAAUCUGAAUCGGGCAAUCGGAUUGUGGCAUUUACAUGACUCAGUAUUAAUUAGAAUAUUUCCAAAUUUUGAUUAAUAUUGAAUUUGGAUAUUGAUAUUAAUGAGUAUGUAAACGUAGUCAUAGUUGUGAGUACAGGCCAAGUUAAAACACAAAAAGGCAAACAAACAGUAAACAAAUCUAAUGGGGGAGUGGAAAAAAAAAGCAAACAUGAUAAACAAGAUUAUAUACACCAGAACACCCAACACCAGUUACAAACUGGUCAGAAAUAUGAAUGGGAAAGCAGGCAAGACUUUGGAAAUUGGAAAAUAAUGUCUGUAUAGUGUCUCAGAUGGGAUUUAGGUGAGCUAGGUAAACCAGAAAUGGGCUGCUAUUCUGGUAAUGGUGACCUCUGGUGGUGUGGAGUGGGAAGGUCAGGAGGAUGAGCUUCACGCUGCUGCAGCUGACAGAGAUCAGUCUGAGAUUCUGAAGUUGCUUGCUAAGAAGCACAAGAAGUUGCUAUGGAAACCCGAGUAUAAGGGUCAGGCAAACCUGCACGUGUUUGAAGACUGGUGUGGCUCAUCUACCGCUCAGCUCAGAAAGAACCUUCAUUUUCCUCUCUUUCCCCAUACAAGAACUGUAGUGAAGAAACUGGCUGUUGCUCCCAAAUGGAAAAACUACGGCUUGAGAAUAUUUGGCUACGUUCAUCCAUACAAAGACGGGGAUUUCCAGUUUGCGGUGGCCUCUGAUGAUAACGCAGAGUUCUGGCUGAGUUCAGACGAGAGCCCGCUCAACGCCCGUCUGUUGGUCUACGUGGGCCAGUUGGGGUCAGAGUGGACAGCACCAGGGGAGUUCACCAAAUUCAGGUCUCAGGCUUCCAAGUCUGUCCAUCUCAUUGCUUCCAGAAGGUACUACUUUGAGAUUCUGCACAAGCAGGAUGACAAGGGCUCUGAUCAUGUGGAGGUUGGGUGGCGACCUUUCCUGCCAGGCCUAAAAUAUGAGGUCAUUGAUUCUGCAUACAUCUCCCUGUACACAGAUGAGAGCGGUCUGAAGAUGAACAGCGUGGAUCACAUCCCUCAGACGCUGGCCAGCCACAGUCGACUCCCUGUGGAGACUCAGACCAGCAGGCAGCACGGCGCCGACAUGCUGAAACCCGACCCCCGCGACACCUUCUUCAGGACACCAAUGAUUGACCCUUCUCGGCUGGAGAACGUGCUGCCACCUUGUCUGUACUCACCCACGUAUGUGGUUAAAGACUUCCCCAUCGCACGCUACCAAGGCCUGCAGUUUGUGUAUCUAUCCUUCGUCUAUCCCAAUGAUUUCACUCGGCUAACGCACAUGGAACGAGAGAACAAGUGUUUCUACCGGGAGUCGCCCAUUUAUCUGGAGAAGUUUGGCUUCUACAAAUACAUGAAAAUGGAUGAAGAGGAGGAUGACAGGCCAUUCUUCUUCCCCAACCCUGACGAUUUUCUUGAAGAGGAGGAAGGUGUGGAUCCUGAGGAUGAAGAAGAGAUUGUGGGCACUCCGCCAUCAAAGCGGGUCACGCGCCCCAGCCAGACCAGUCAUACCUCAAGCCCUUCUCAUAAAUCAGGGUCUGUGUCAUCCAGGAAGGAGGAAGGUGUGCAGCUAAAAAAGACAGUACUGAGAGAACAGAGACACUACUUCCACAAAGACAAGACACUGGAUAGGGAUUGGAAGAAAGAGGCGGGGCCAGAGGAUCCUGACAGACAGUCUGAGAUGGCUAAGACUGAGGACACUCAGAAUGAGAAUGUAGUGCACGGUCGCUCUUUGUCUUGGAUUCAGAAACACAAAGAAGGAGUGAAAAGAAAGGAACACGCCCCUAAAUUGAGCCGAUCCUCUCUCCUGUUCCCGCAGAAAUCCUCCCUCACAGCACUCACCAAACGAGCUAAGCAGCUUCUGACCAACUCCGCCCAUGCUGGCCGUAAAGACAGUACUCAUCACGAUAAUGGAAAAACCCACCCAAACACCAACAAGGAGCGCAAGAAAGACAAUAAAAUCUACAUCACCAGACCCCGGCCUGGGAACGAGAAAAAAAAUCCUGUGUCACAGCAACCCCGAGAGGUUUUCCCUGGAGUUUUUCUCUAUCACAGUGGGAAAACCACCAAACUCAUGAACCUUAAUUCCAAGCCCAAGGUGAGAAAAGGCAUCCUUGGGGCUUCUCAGUUCCUCGCCAGGCCCCCUCUUAGAGAAAACAGAGUCUUCCCUUUGAGCUCAAACUCCAGCCGUAAGAGUGUGGUUCACCGGGCCUCCAGCAGGGCGGUGCUCACGAGUCACACUGAAAAGAGCAAAUUGGCAGCUACUCCAGCUAGCUCUAGCCUUCAGCCUGCUUCUCCUGUUACUCCUCCUUCCUUUCACAAUAUAUCUUUGGAAAACGCUCUGCCUACCGAACCUCCCCGGUUCACCUCCUACCUCCGGACCACUGAGAUCACUGAGACGCAGGUGAAUCGAGCAGAGAUGGAGCCUGAGCAGGAAGAAGAGGGUGACCUAUCAGAGUACAGCUAUGAGGAGGUAGAGCCGCGUCCAGGCUGGGCCGAAGAGGCCAUUAACUGGCAGAGGACUUUUUCCGUCAACAGUAUGGACUUUGAGGCGUUGCGUUCUGACUGGAAUGAUCUGAGAUGUAACGUCUCGGGCAACCUGCAGCUUCCUGAGAGCGAGGUGGUGGACGUGCUUGCGCAGUACAUGGAGAAACUGAAUGAGCACAAUGGAGGUAUCUACACACUCUUGCGGAUUAUAAAUGUGGAGAAGAGGCGCGACUCGGCAAGGGGGAACCGGUAUCUGAUUGAACUGGAGCUGAUGGAGAGAGGCAGGAAUGUAGUGCGUCUGUCUGAAUACAUCUACCUCUUACUGCACCGUGGCCGGAUUGAGGAUAGUCUGGAGACUAGUGAUGGAGCGACUGGCUCACCCUCCUCCGCUCCCGUCUCUCCCAGACCCUCUGCUUCCUCUCAGCCGCUCACCCGCACCGCCCGUGCUACCCCACGACCUGGGACUGUCUAUGCCAAACCACUGCUCUGUCAGCCGGUCAUGCUGCAGUGGAAAAGAGAUGUCAUGGUGCACUUUGUGGUACCUGUGAAGAACCAGGCUCGCUGGGUCCAGCAGUUCAUCAGUGACAUGGAGCUCUUGCACCACGAGACCAAAGAUGAGAACUUCAACAUCAUCAUCGUGGAUUUCCAGAGUGAUGACAUGGACAUAGAGCAGGCGCUGAGAGAGAGCUCUGUGCCAAGAUAUGACUAUCUGAGGAGGGAGGGGAAUUUUGAACGCUCAGCUGGAUUGCAGAUUGGAGUGGAUACUAUUGAGGACAGUCACAGUAUUGUGUUCCUGUGUGACCUGCACAUUCACUUUCCCCUCAACAUCCUGGAGAGCAUCAGGAAGCACUGUGUGGAGGGCAGGCUUGCCUUUGCUCCAAUCGUCAUGAGGCUGGGCUGUGGGAGCUCGCCGCAAGAGCCUGAUGGAUACUGGGAAGUGAAUGGCUUUGGCUUGUUUGGAAUUUAUAAGUCUGACUUUGACAAAAUCGGCGGCAUGAACACAGAGGAGUUUAAAGACCGCUGGGGAGGAGAGGACUGGGAACUGCUGGACAGAGUAUUACAGAACGGCCUGGAGGUGGAGAGGUUGAGAUUACGGAACUUCUUCCACUACUAUCACUCUAAAAGGGGCAUGUGGAACUCCCAGAUAAAGAAGAGCUCAAAAGGCUAAGACUCAGCCCAUAUAUAUACUGAAAGAGAGAGACUUCAGUUAAACAAAUGGGCUAUCCUGAGCAGUCACAUGACCUCUGACUCUUAUGAACCAUACAGGAGGGAUACACACAGACACGGCCUGGCUACCUUUGCGUAUGCACUUCAGUCCAACCCGAGAGCACUCACUGGACUCUUCUUUGUGCGUUAUCUGUGUGUGUGGACGUGUGUGUGAGAUUCUUUAUUUGUUAGGAGGGGAUUUUUUAUACUUGAAGUAACCAUGCUUGGAAAUUUUUACUAAAAGUGAAGGUAAGUGCAGCUAAAAUGAGCUGCAGUGAGAAAGCGUUCUGCCCAGUGGCUAGUGCAAGAGCACCGUAAUGAGUUAGAUUCCAGGAGAAAUUUUAGAGAAGUUGCUUGAUGUGUGCCUCAACAUGCUGUUAAAUAUGAAGGUAAUUGUGUAGAAGCUUAGCACUGUGGGUAGAUAUGUCCUCUAUGGGUAUAAGAGGUUUUUUUUAAGGCUACAGCACUGAUUCCUGUUGAAGUGCAGGCUAAUAUUUAUAUUUUCCUUGAUCUGUAUACAUGUCCUAAUAUCUGCCAGCAGAGGGUGACACUGAAAUGCUGAUUGAAAUGAAUGAGUGUAUAUGUAGUGGACAGUAUUGCUCUGCUGAAAAGUUGAAGGUUAGACAAAUCACCAUCGUGUUCAUAUUUGAGCAGUAGAGAUGAGAGCUGGGGGAGUGUGUCAGCCUGGUGCCCGCUCAUAUUUAAUACGGACAUUCCCCCAUUAUCACGUUCUGAAAUGACAUCAAUACAUCAGGAUAAGUCAGUUACCCUUCAACCUGCCUGAAAAUAUAUCCUGCAGAAAAACACCACACUUAUGAUUGUAACUCAAAACACAAGAUUUAAGCAAACUUACUGCCGAUGAAGCGCCUGCUGAAGGAUUAACUGACAUCAAUAAUUUUAAUAAUAGCUGUGACUGGUGAGAGGAGGAAGCAGAUCGAUAUUGUUACAUUAAGUGGAAUGGAUUUUCAUCCCUUUCAUCCCACACACUAUGCCAUAUACUGUAAAAUGAUGGAGAAGCUCACUGUUCUGGGAUCUGUCUUUAAAGGUGAAAUCAGUACAUUUUAAGUCAGAUCACUGUUUGGUCCAGUUCUAACUAGUAAUAAUGUAUCUCCCAGCCUCUGUACUGAAGAAAAAAAAAUCUGUGAUGUCAACCAGCAACAUCCAGCCAGUCAGGACAAGCAGGCAUGUUGCCUGUCAUUUCAGAAAGUUUCCACUCAUGCACUAGUAUUCUGGCUUUUAAGCCUAGGCAGCACAUGUAUGUGUUCUUGGAGUGAGGCUUUUAAUGAUUCACCUGACAAUGAACUAAAUCCCUGACUAUACCUUAGCAGCUGUGACGUAACAGGACAUACCUGCAUGUCCGCAACUCGUCUGUUCUAGCUGUUAAUUAAGUUAACCUGUCAAUCAUCUCAAUCAAACACUUUCUGAUAAAUAUCAUUCAUCUUCAACACCUGUAUAAUCCUGGUUAGGGUCAGGCAUGAGACGGGAAAUACACACUAGAUAGGAUGCACACAUUCACACACCCUCUCGCACCUAUGGUCAGGUUGGUCAUUUUUGGGAGGUGGAAGGAAACCAGAGUUCGUAUAGGAAACCGAGACAAACACACAGUAACCUGGGCUCAGGAUUGAACUUGUGUGGAUGUGGGGAGGCCCAAAACCAUUUACAUUUACAUUUACUGCAUUUGGUAAACACCAUUAUCCAGAGUGCUUUGUAAUCUCUAUCAAAAACACAUCCUCAGGCUACUUUACUAUGUCAGGAACUAAGAGUACAAUCAAUCUAAAUACCCUGUUGGGGAGGUUAGUAGAGUAUGAAAAAACACAAGACAAGGAAACUACUCCAGCCAGCCACUAGAGAGCGUCAGCUACGUUUCGGUUCACUUUUUAUCCGUGUCAUGUUGUCCACCACAUAUCCAGUCAUUGAUAAUAAUGCUAGUGCUCAUUUCAGGUUUCCUUCUCCUAAAUACGCUGAAUAGUUUAGAAAUCCUGCUGACCGUUGACUCUCAUUCUAACUGGACCUCAGAGAUUGAAACUGCUGAAAAUCUGACAGCUCAUUUCGUUUUUUGUUUGUCUGUGUGCAUUUCUUUCUAUUUGCCCUGAAAAGACACCAUAGACUUUGAGUUCUCAGAUGCAAUAUGCACUCGGGCUUGUGUUGAGAGACAGCCUAAAGCUCUUGUAUAGAUAUAGAUUGUUUUACAGUGAGCUGUUACUGUAGUCUAUAGGCUUUCCUGUGGGCAAAUUCUGUUGUCUCCCAUGUGUGCCUUUGUUUUUGGUGUUUUCUAGGCUGAUGGUGGCAAGCUGGAUUUUAUGUGUUUUAAUGGGAUUUUAACUGAUAUAUAAUGAUCAGAAAUUGUCUUCUCUGUUGUAAUGUUUAAAGGAGGAGGAAUGUGUGUCUGAGUUUCACAAGAAAAAUCACUGGAAUUGUCUGGCAGCUGUAUGCAAAGAUGACACUGAUACAGUAACCCCCGAGUUUUAUGUCCUUUACUUCUGAAGCAAGCAGUAUUUACACUGACAGGAAUGACUCAGGUGCUAAAGAUGUGUGGAACCGAUCAGCACAUUUUCUGCUUUGUGUCAUUCCAUUCAAUACAGUUACAUUACAGGUAACUCUGUUUACACGCUGGUGUAUUCAAACUGGUACAUUGUUUGUUGGCAAAGAAUGCCACAUAUGUCUAAGGCUGUCACCACGGCUUUUUUAAAAUUCAUUAACGCUUUCUUUGUGCCCUCUCUUAACGAAUGAAUCCUGCAGACUCGGCCUGUUUUAGAAAUCAGAGUACGAGACCGAAUCAUUUUGAAUUCAAACAGGGAUCUAUAUUUCGAAGUAAUUUCUGUGAAAUUGUUGUGUAGAUAAAUUUAAGAAUGUAUUGUAUUAUUUUCAUUUUCAGCCUUUUGGUUAUUUUUUGGAAGAAUAAAGUUUUAUGCUGAACUCUCA